AUGCAGUCAAUAAAGCAGGUAGCAGUGUUUUGUGCCUCUAUGGCAGAGGGCAAGGUGAGAUCACCGCUGGAAGCUGCUUCGGACGCGCCUCUAGCCCCGAUUGGCCCAGCCCUAGGAAACAACAACAACAGUCAACAUGCUACUACUAGAUCCGAUACACAAUUGUGUUGGCACAAUAACUAUGUAGAUUUAUACAAAAUCACAAUCCCAAACCCCCGAGAACACGGCUUCGACGGCUGGAUGGAAUGA